UGUUGACGCACGUGUGUCAGUGUGUUUAGUACUCUUAGUAAAGUAGCGGUGAAAAGUGGUUGAGUACUUCGGGUUACGAGAAAUCAUGGCGAAAAAACGCAAAAAUGAAGAUUCAACGGAAUCUGAUACACAGGAAAAGAAACCCAAAGUAUCUGAAGUUGAGUUGAACGGAACUGUAUUUAAAAGCAUGUUAAAAGAGCCUACCAAAGCAAAGAAAGGUUUGGAAACCUUCAUAUCAGUUGCUAAACAAUUGCCCUGCCCUGGAUUAUAUGAUGUGGUUGAAGGCUAUAUAAAAAUAUCUAUGGAUUGUGCUGAAAUACUGAAAUUGCUGGAGGAAGAAAAACGUUUGGAGAGCGAAACAGCGUUGAUCUUCCAGGGCUUGGAAAUGAUCCUGCUACGAACAGCCAGCGACCUGUCUCACUUCAGCAUGGCUGGCAUUGCCAUUGUGAAGAAGAUAGUCUCCAGCUUUAUGAAAAUUAUUUGUUCUGUGUUGCAUUCUGAAAAUCACAGGUAUGUGCGGCAGUGUCUUAGCCUCCUGUCUGCUAUGGUUUCACAAGGGCCAGACUCUGCCAGAGAGGUAUUCAGUAACUUCAACUUCGGCAAGAGUCUUUCCGGACUGGCAAGGAGAAGAGACAAACAGGGCAAGCCUGAUAUUCGCUUGGCUUACAUCCAGUUUGCAGUUUCAUUUCUAAUUUCCGGUGACAACCAGACAAUAGGACAAGUUCUUGAGACAAAGGAUUUCCUUACUGAUAUUUUAAGCACGGGGCUGAAGGAUGAUAGAAUUUCUUCUAUCAAUCUCCUGUUGUCUACACUACAGACUAAAGUUGUUCAAAACAAAGCAAUAAGUAAGACUCAAAAAGUGCGCUUCUUCAGUUCUGCAGUGCUGGCUCACAUUGCCUCCCUGUACAAGUGGAAUGGAAUAGCAGAUGCCAUCCCAGAGGAGUCCAAGAUGGCUGUGGACCCUGGUGAGGCUGGGAGGAUGGUGGUGCGAGAGCUGACUCACAACUUCCUCCUGGAUCUCUGCUGUUCCCUUAAUCAUGGCAUUAAUUUCUAUGACCAAAGCCUAGGAACAGCUGGGAGGUCCGGGAAUGUUGUCCUGCUGCAGUUCAUUGUGGGACUGAAGCAGGCCACGGAAGAUGAACUCGUGGCUGAGCUGGUGGUCAGUAUUCUGAAAGUCUGUCCUGAUUUGCUGCAGAGGUACUUCAAAGAGACUCAAUAUUCCUUUGUACCGAGACAGAAGACAGCGUGGAAGGACAACAUCAACCUCCUCAAGAAGAUUUACGAGGCCCAGCCAGAGGUGUCCAGGGCUUUCUCUAACGAGGAGUUCAUUCCUCUGCCUCGUCUCCUGUCCAUGGUGAUGGUGACAUCCCUCCCUUUCAUCUGCAACAAAGCCUUUUUCACCCAGGGGCUUAACAUGGGUAACAACGCUGUGAAGCACACCACUCUCUCCCUAGUCUCCUUCAUCCUGAAAAGAGCCUUGAAGAACAUUGAGUACUGUCAGCUUAAGACAGUGUGGCAGAACUCUGAUGUCUAUUCUGUCAGCAUGAUGGAGGACUUUGUUCAACAGUACAGGGAAGCCCUCAGCAAGGUUUUGCCAGACUUGACCAACAUUGUGGCAACAUGGCAGUCCCUUACCAAGAAAGAAAAGGGGGAAGAGGGAGACCUGAAAGAUGAGAGAAAGAAGGAAUCUGAAAAUCUGGAAGGUUUUGAUGACCCAGAGACCACUAUAUUGAAAGCCGUCAUCCUCAAGGUCAUUUGUCUUUAUCAGAAGGUCGUGCCUCAUCUGAUCAGUCAGAGCACCUUCGACUUUAGCAAACUCUUAAAAGGUAUCGUGACGGAGAAGGGCAUGAGAGAGGAAGUAGCCCCAGUCCUUCAGUACCAGAUGCUACAGCUGGCCCUGGAUUUGCCUGCAAGCAAGUUUUCAUGGUUCAGAGCCCAGGAAGCAGUGGAUCCAGGGAGAGCAAGUGGAGAAAAAUCUGUAUUUUACUUGCUGCUGAAAAUGUUUGUGACCAGUAGUAAUACUCACCUGAAGACCUCAACACGCAUGCUGGUAGUGAAGGUGUUGAAGGACAGCGGUGUGUUUGAGUACACAUGGCAGGAGCUGGAGCUGUGGCUGGAUCACCUCGCUCUUGUGCAGCAGUCUGAGCAGGAAACAGUGAUCCAGUUCCUGGAAAGGGUUCUCGUGAAGCUUGUGUCAAACCCCUACCUGUACACGGACAAGGCAGCAAGUCUUGUUCAGGAGGCAAGUUACCUGCAGGCCAACCUGACAGGCCAGGAAGGAGAUGCCGCCAGUAUCCCUGUUUCGCACAUUGACGAUGUGCUGGACAUGGUGGACGUGAUAAUGGAGGGCAGUGAGGGGGAGUGUGAAGAGCUGGGGUCAGCUCUUAAUGAAGAUCUCAUCCUGCAAACCUUCCCUUUCAGUGCCCUGGUCCCAGCAGCACUGGAAGCCAGAAACAGGUUGCCAGCAAUCUCUGAAAAGGAACAUGGUAUGCACGGUGUGGUCCCCGAGUUCCUCAUUGCUGUCCUGUCGGAUGUGCUGCACUCCCAGAGGGACCCGCUGCCUCUCUGCCUGGCUCUGCAGCAGUAUGACAAAGAACUGGUGUCCGCUGAAGACUCAACAGCCACACCUCCUGCCAUCGUGGAGUUUUACCGCUACUACUCGCUCUGGAUACCCCCUCAGGCCAGGGAGGAGCUGUUUAAAUCAUCAGACUUCCCGUCUCCUGAUCCCCCCUCUGCGCCUGGCUCAUUUUCCUGUUUGAUGAAGGCAGCCUACAGCAGAGGAGCCACCUACAUGCUGCAAGACUCUUUCAAGGAGAGCGUUGAAAGUGCUGUCUCCAAGCUUCACACCAGUGACCUUCCCGUGGCUGUGAAACAUGUUCUGCUCUACAUAAAAACCUGUGUGGACAACUUCGGAAUGUUUUCAAAAGACACCGGAAUCGUAUUACUGAAUGUCUACAUGGACCUGCUAAGAACCUUAAUUAAUAGACUUCAGUGCUUGGAAGAAACCGGUGAGGCUGUUUCUUCGAAUUCCCAGGACGAAUCUGACCUUUUUGUUGAUGUGAAUACAGCUCAGGAUGAAAAAGCAGAGAAAGAUCUGGUGCUGGGAGCUGUGCUCAAAUCCAUUUUCAGUCAUCCAACUCUGGAGCAGUGGUUCCUAGCUGUAGAGUUGGAGUCACUGCCACCCCACAAUCUCAACCCCAUCAAAUCCAAAAAGCUGUGCACACAAAUCAGCUCCAAUAUCCUCAGCCUUCUGAAGCUAACUGCCCAGCUGAUGGAAAACCUAGGUAGCCUUGACCUCAUCAGCAAGUAUUUAGCAGGCAUUGAAAAGGCAGUUUUAAAAGAGAUGGAAACAGCAAAGCUGAAGAGUUUGGCAAGAAGAACAAACAAGAGAUCUCACCCAAUAGAAGGAUUAAUGGAGUUUCAUAAAUACAUGGAGCCUGCGAGACUCAAGGAAAUUGUUUCAGCUAUACUUCUUCUCCCACAAGAGUUUCUGGUUGUAGCUGGCAAGCAUGGCUUCCCAGAGGAGCUUAGUGUGUACGCCCAGAGCGCGCUUCAGGUCUUAACUGAGAGCUCCCAGGAGGACUCCGUGUUUGUGUCGCACGAGCACUUCAGAGGCCUGGGAACGCUGCUGUUGUCGUGCUGCAGUGAGCCCCUGGAGAUAUUUCUGCUGAAGGCCCUGCAGACUGAGCCUGUCUGCUCUAAACUGGUACAAACCGACAUUCUCAUAUACUGCCUCCAGCGCCUGACCCACACCUGCCAGGCCAUCGGGGCCUUGCUGCUCCAGACCUGUGCAACACAUCGUCUGCGGUUCGAGCUGUGGUGCCUGGAGCCAGGCAGCAUGAAGCAAGUGGAGAAACACUUUGAGGCAUUUCUUCCCCUUGUCAAAGUGUACCUGGAAAUGCCAAGCUGCCAAGACCCCAUGAGGCCCAAGGAAGUCCAUGCGGCAGUGCUGAGAGAUCUCAAAGAAGCUUUGCUGGUGAAGCUGUUGGACAUGGUGCUGUCUGGCAGUCCAGCUCAGGCUCUGGCCUUGCAGGUGGAUGUUCUCUCCGGCCUGAUCAAGCUUGCGGCCCAGGUGGAAGACUUGGCCGGUGCCGCUGACCGGCUCUCUUCUCUCCUAGAGAGCGUGGACAGUUUUGAAAGGUGGAUGCUGGUGGAUUCCAUUACCGAAGGGCUUGCUGGAGCUCCACAGACGCAGGCCAGCUGGAAGAGAUCUCUGCUAACAGCAUCUUUUAAGUGGCUGAAGGCAUCAUACACCAAAUACAAAGAGCAGGAGCAAGCCGUGCAGGAGAAGGAAGAGAAGAUGCUGCAGCAGCUCCAAAGACUCCUGGGGUCUGUCAAACAGGUCACUGCAUCGGACUGGAACAGCUUUGUGAAGACUGGGCUGAAGUAUCGCUACAGAGACCAGGUCUUUUUAGAAAAUCUGAAUAACCUGCUGGUCCUGGUAUAUGAGGCUAUCGAUUCUUCGAAAGAUCUUGUGGAAUUGGGCACAGUUCACAUGAUGGUAACAAGCCAUUCAUUAUUUUUGUCCACUCUACUGCCGGCAGAAGAGGAACAAAAUGGAACAAAAGAUGCCCUCGUGACUGUCUUGCUUACCCUGGUAAAGAAGUGUCCUGGUGUUUGCAGCAGUGCUCAUUUUUCUGUUCUUAUGGGAGCGUAUGGAGCAACUUUGAGUACCACAGACCAGAAAAUGUUACAACUACUACAGGAGUAUGAAAGAAAUGGUGUCAGUCUGGCUGAAUUUCAGUCUCUGCUGUGGGGGCCUGCUGCCGUGGAGCACCACAAAGCCUCCAGGAGUCUAGGGAGCUCCCUGUGGCAGCAGCCCACCUCCCAGGAUGUCCUGGCUCUGCUGAAACCAGACAAAAUGCUUCACACGGCGCUGCACUUUCCUGAACAACGCCAAAUCAUUCCGCAGGAUGAAGAGGAGCUAUUGUUCACCGAUAAGCGGAUAGGGGACCUGAGUGCUCUGUAUGACCCCUGCUUUCUUCUGCCCCUCUUCAGUGUUCUUCUCAAGCCAGAGUGCGUGGUUGACUGCUACAAGUUUGUGUCCUGCAAUGCUUUUGGCGUCACUGUAGCUGCUCUCAGCAGCUAUGAUCCCCACGUGAGAGCAGCAGCUUAUCAGGUCUUGGGACAGUUUUACCACCAUUUAGAUGGAGCUCGGUUCAAGGAAAGAAGACAGGUAAGGCCAGCCCAUAAAGUGGAGCGUCACUGGCUUCUUGGUUUUCUUGUUGAGGGACUGAAAGACAAGAAUUGCUAUGAGCUGUGUGAUCGCCAAGGUGUUUUUCAAAUCCUUUUAAGCUACUGUAGCAAUCCAAUCUGCGAGGAAUCUGUUCAGAUUCAGAUUUUAGACGUCUUACAGCAAGCUGCCCAUGUGACAAAAGCUGCUUAUGAGCUCAUUAAGUGUCAUGGCCUUUUAACCUGGAUACUGCAAGUCCUAGAGAAGAGGUUUAUUGAAAGCAGAAUCCUGUCCAGCCUUAUUUCUCUAGUGCACACUCUCUGGUUCACAAACCUGGGUGAUAAAGAGAGCAGGGCGGUCCACUCUGCUGCUGACGAGACUCCCCCCAAGACCUUGAAGUGUCUCCCUCUUCCCCUCAUCGACGAGUUUGUGCGUUUGCUGCUUGCCUUCAUCAGACACAUUCAGACCGGUUCGAAAGCUCUCCAGCUGGCUCAGUUCUUACAGACGCUGAGCUCAGUGCUGACGCACCGGAGCACAGCCCUUGGUACCUAUAGGGAGAAGGGACAUAUGACUCUGAAAGAGAGGACAUUGUCCUGCACUGAGGCUCUCAUACUCCUGCACAAAUGGAGCACCACAGCAAAAGACACUCCAAUUCUGAAUGCUAUUCAUUCCGUGGCACACAAGCACAAAGUGAAGGAACUACUGAAGACCUCAAAAGAGAGGACCAGAGGCAAGGGCUUCUCUUUACAGAGCCAGGGUAGGUUAGGGGAGAAGGCAGACGAGUUGAUGGCUGCUGGAAUUCAGGACCAGCCUCCACUGCCCACCUGUGAGCAAUUCCUGAGAAGUAUCUUCUGCUCCUGGGAGCCUGCCAUCCUCCCAGGGCCACACCCCUCUGAUGGACCGGCGCCGACGGCCCAGCUGGGACCUACUUCCAGUGUCGCAGACAGUGAGGGGCUGGCUGGCGCUACAGCCCACCUGCUGGUGAAGUGGGGGUUGAAAUCUUUAGUCACGGCCCCGCUGGAUCCGAGCGAUUUACACAAAUUCCUGCAGUGGAUCCACAGUAGCGUCUUGCCGUUCCCUGGGGUAGUGGGAGCUCUUCUCCAGGACAGUGCGGCGAAGCACAACUUUCUGAGACUUUACCACCAAGCCUGUGAAAACCUCCACUCCGUUGGUGUGGGUGGAGUUCACCUGUUCACGUCCAUCAUGACCCGUCUGCUGGAAGCACAGGGCUGCCCCAGUGGAGCUCUUUACCAAACAACACUGAAGGUGUGCUUUCCUGACUCCACUCACGUCGAUGAAUCGAGAAGAGAAGCUGGGCUGUUGCUCAUGUCGCAGUACAUACUCGAGUUGUGGACAGGGGCACAAGAACCAACACUGUUCCUAACUCACGUCAAGCUGGUGACACAGACCAAAGAGACAGGCAGAGCAAGGACUCUGAAAAAGAAGGAGCACGGCACAAGCCAGGCAGCGGUGUUCUCCAUUUGUAAAGAGCUUUCUGUGGCUCUUGGAUCCUCUGUGUGACCCUGUAGGCCCAUACAGACUGGGAGCCAGCAAAAGGACUUUGUUUUGACUGAAAUAGCAUAGGACUUGUAUCCUUCCAGAAUGACCAGGACCGGUUUAUUCAAUCUCAAGGAACAGGUUCCAAACCCCUUUUUUUUUCUUUUUUCCCCUUUUCCCCUUUUUUCCCCAUUUACCUUUGGGAUUUUGUUUUUAUAAAUUGCAAAAUAUAGCAAUGUAUAUGAAUAUGUAUUUUAAGGACAAGAUGUUGUUUAAAAGCAUUUCACUGUUUUAGAGUACCACCCAGUACCACUUCAACAUUUUGAGCUUGAUCUCUUCCUUGAGAACAGAAGCUGUCAAUGAAAUUCUUUAAAACCAGUUACAGUCCUUUACUCCAAGUUUUAUUUUAUAUGAAGGAAUAUAAAAACAGUACUAAUAGAGUUAUUUAUUCACUGAUCAGCAUGAGACCCAGCUGUAAACAAGAGUGAGUGAAAUUCAGUGACCAAUAAAACCUGGCAGUAAACAAGAGGA